GAGGUGUGUAUUUUAAGGAACUGUUUAUAUUCAAAUAAAGUUACGUCACUUAUGGUAUUGUGCUGCAGCGUGCAGGCUUGACAGAGCACAAGAAGAAGCAAGGUCACAUCGGUUAUGUUGUCUUUGCGGAGGCUAGUAUCCCUAAAAAAGUUUUCAAGGUGCACUCCUUCUGCAAGCCGUGCAUUUCAUUUCACAGUAGAUGGAUCAAGAAGCUCGGACAAAACAACUAGGGGAGAGCUGAGUCGUCAGUAUCCAGUUAUUGAUCAUACAUAUGACUGUGUUGUUGUUGGAGCAGGUGGCGCUGGUUUGAGAGCAGCAUUUGGUUUGGCAAAUGCUGGCUUUAAAACAGCAUGUGUGACCAAGUUAUUUCCAACAAGAUCCCACACUGUUGCUGCACAGGGUGGUGUAAAUGCAGCUUUAGGCAAUAUGGAAACUGAUAAUUGGAUAUGGCACAUGUAUGAUACAGUUAAAGGAUCUGAUUGGUUGGGAGACCAGGAUGCAAUACACUACAUGACACGUGAAGCACCACAGGCUGUAUACGAAUUAGAAAAUUAUGGCAUGCCUUUCAGUCGAACAGAAGAGGGACGUAUUUAUCAAAGAGCUUUUGGAGGACAAAGUUUAAAUUUUGGUAAAGGCGGGCAAGCACAUCGUUGUUGCGCUGUUGCUGACAGAACUGGGCACUCCCUGCUACAUACAUUAUAUGGACAGUCACUUCGAUACGACUGUCAAUAUUUCAUUGAAUAUUUCGCUAUGGACCUGCUAAUGGAUAAAGGUAGAUGCUUGGGUGUGAUGGCACUUAAUUUAGAGGAUGGCUCAUUGCAUCGAAUUAAAGCCAAAAAUACAAUCAUCGCUACUGGUGGCUAUGGACGUGCUUACUUUUCAUGCACGUCUGCUCACACUUGCACUGGUGAUGGCACUGCAAUGGUAACACGAGCAGGACUACCCAAUGAAGAUCUUGAAUUUGUACAGUUUCACCCAACUGGUAUAUAUGGUGCUGGUUGUCUCAUCACAGAAGGAAGCAGAGGGGAAGGUGGAUAUCUAUUGAACAGCGAGGGUGAACGAUUUAUGGAACGCUAUGCACCGACUGCUAAAGAUUUGGCAUCACGUGAUGUGGUGUCACGUUCAAUGACAAUUGAAAUGAGAGAAGGAAGAGGUUGUGGACCUGAGAAAGAUCACAUUCACUUGCAAUUGUCUCACUUACCUGCUGACGUAUUAAAGACUCGCUUACCUGGUAUUUCGGAGACUGCUAUGAUUUUUGCUGGUGUUGAUGUUACACGAGAUCCUAUUCCAGUCCUGCCAACUGUACAUUACAACAUGGGAGGUGUGCCUACCAAUUACUUGGGACAGGUAUUGGAUCACAAAGAUGGUAAAGAUGUUUUGAUUGAUGGUCUUUAUGCUGCUGGUGAAGCUGCUUGUGCGUCAGUGCACGGUGCAAACAGGCUUGGUGCAAACUCCCUAUUGGAUCUUGUCAUCUUUGGUCGUGCAUGCGCACUUGAUAUUAUUGAUAAACACAAGCCAGGCGAUAAGAUCCCAGAUAUUCCAUCGAAUGCCGGUGAGGAAUCAGUUGCAAAUUUGGAUAAAGUGAGAUUUGCGAAUGGACGAACACCUGUUGCUGCUUUGAGAUUGAAAAUGCAAAAGACUAUGCAAGAUUACGCCUCUGUGUUUCGAACUGGCGAUGUUCUGAAGGAAGGCUGUGUGAAAAUGGCGGAAAUUUACAAUGAACUCGAAGAUAUCAAGUUGUAUGAUCGCGGCAUGGUGUGGAAUACGGACCUCGUGGAAGCACUCGAACUUCAGAACUUAAUGAUAAAUGCUGUGCAGACUAUUGAAAGCGCAGAAGCAAGAAAAGAAAGUAGAGGAGCGCAUGCGCGAGAAGAUUUUAAGGAUCGGCUUGAUGAAUACGAUUAUAGUAAACCUUUGGAAGGACAAGUAAAAAAACCAAUGGAACAACAUUGGAGAAAACACACGUUAAGCUACCAAGACCCUGAAACUGGAAAGGUUACGCUAGCAUAUCGAGCUGUUAUUGAUGAAACCCUGGAUGAGAAAGAAUGCGCUACUGUUCCACCGGCUGUACGAUCGUACUAAAAUAAAGUAUUAAUUUUUUUGUAAAUAUGCAUAUCUUGCAAAUAAUGUUAUCUUCUUACUGAAA